GCCAGAUCGCCGGAUAUCCGCUGAGUGACCCUUACAAGUCCUUCUUGAUCCUGAAGUGGAAUAGGUGCCGCUGUUGCUGCUGGUGUUGGAUUCAGAACCGUAGCGGGUCAUGGGGCUGGAGGACGAGCGAAAGAUGCUGACCGGGUCCGGAGAUCCCAAGGAGGAGGAAGAGGAGGAGGAGGAAUUAGUGGAUCCCCUAACAACAGUGAGAGAGCAAUGCGAGCAGCUGGAGAAAUGUGUAAAGGCUCGGGAGCGGCUAGAGAUGUGUGACCAGCGUGUAUCCUCCAGGUCACAGACAGAGGAGGAUUGCACGGAGGAGCUCUUUGACUUCCUGCAUGCAAGGGACCACUGCGUGGCCCACAAACUCUUCAACAGCUUGAAAUAAAUGUGCUUACUUCACCCCAGCCUUCAUCACUCGGGCAUCAGGAUAUUUCAUGGUUUUGACCAUGCCAUUUCUUCCUUAUAAGUGUAACUGUAUGUUCAUGUGAACCUCAUGGAUUUUGGCUUAGGCAAGUAACUUCUAUGUAAUUAGCUGUGAUUCCUCUUAAUAAAGUCCAGUGAUCUGCAGA